CGUUGGUGAGUUUCUCCCAUUAUGGCGGAAGGACCAGCCGUGCGGAUGGACCGUCUCUCCCACUCUGAUGCCUGUUUUGUGUCUUGAAGGGAGAGGUUUUAUUUUUAUGUUUUUUACGCUUCCCCGCGACCGCCCGCCGUCCUUUCGACUCGACUAGACUCUCGCGUUCGUCGGCGAAGUCAUGGCAGACCGCGGCGUGGAUUUGUCCGCCCUGCCAAAAGAGGUUAGAGACCAGUUGGCGGAGUUGGAUCUGGAGCUGUCUGAAGGUGACAUCACACAGAAGGGCUAUGAGAAGAAGAGAGCCAAGCUGCUGGCCUCCUACAUCCCCCAUUUGCCAAAUGUGGAUUUGUCUCUGCCAGAUGUACAGCUUUCCCCGAGCCACAGUGCUGACCCCAGCCCGAGUCCUGAGGCCCCGGGCCCCUCCACCUCUUCAGCCUCCAAACACCAUCGUGCACACCGCAGCGGAGGGGCCAGGGAUGACCGCUACAGAUCAGAUAUCCACACAGAAGCUGUGCAGGCAGCACUGGCAAAACACAAAGAGGAGAAGAUGGCACUGCCCAUGCCAACCAAGAGGCGCUCAGCAUUUGUCCAGUCUCCGAUAGAUACCUGCACACCUCCAGACACAUCUUCUGCAUCAGAGGAUGAAGGCUCACUGCGUAGAAAGGCAGCUCUCAGUGCAGUCCUCGCCCAGAACCUGCAGAGCCCCGAUUACUGGAUCAACCGCUCCGUCCAAAGCUCUUCCACGUCCUCAUCUGCUUCCUCCACACUCUCCCAUGGAGAGCCCAAGACCCAGCCACAGCCCCAACUGCAGCCUGCUGCCUCCGUGUUAGCCGACGUACUGGCGCACACACGCAUAGAAAACAGUGUCCCCCCAGAUGUGACAUCCUCCACUCCACAGGAGAGAGGAUCCAGGGUGGACCUUCCUCCAGCAGUCAGAGGCAUGAGCCGAGGACAGAGCCGCUCCAGCAUGCUGGAUACUGCUGACGGCGUGCCUGUCAACAGCAGGGUGUCCACGAAGAUCCAGCAGCUGUUGAACACACUCAAACGGCCCAAAAGGCCACCACUCAGCGAAUUCUUCCUGGAUGACUCUGAGGAAAUUGUAGAAGUUCCCCAGCCAGACCCCAACACACCGAAGCCUGAGGGACGGCAAAUCAUCCCGGUGAAGGGGGAGCCCCUCGGAGUGGUCAGUAACUGGCCUCCUGCCCUGCAAGCUGCCCUCGCCCGCUGGGGGGCCACCCAGGCCAAGAGUCCUGCCCUCACUGCUCUGGACAUCACUGGCAAACCUCUCUACACACUCACAUACGGCAAACUAUGGAGUCGCAGUCUGAAGCUUGCCUAUACGCUGCUGAAUAAACUGGGCACUAAGACUGACCCUGUCCUACAACCUGGAGAUCGGGUGGCAUUGGUGUAUCCAAACAGUGACCCAGGCAUGUUCUGGGUGGCUUUUUAUGGCUGUCUGUUAGCUGAGGUCAUCCCUGUGCCCAUUGAGGUGCCGCUGUCACGACAGGAUGCAGGCAGCCAGCAGCUUGGCUUCCUAUUGGGCAGCUGUGGUGUGAGUUUGGCGCUGACCAGUGAGGUGUGUCUCAAAGGGCUGCCCAAGACACCAAAUGGAGAGAUCAUCCAGUUCAAAGGAUGGCCAAGGAUGAGAUGGGUAGUGACAGAUACCAAGUACCUGACCAAACCAUCCAAAGACUGGCAGCCUCACAUCCCCACUGCCAACACAGACACCGCCUACAUCGAGUACAAAGCGAGUAAGGAGGGAACAGUGAUGGGAGUCGCUGUGUCCAAGAUCUCCAUGCUGACCCACUGUCAAGCCCUGACGCAAGCCUGUAACUACUGUGAAGGUGAAACUCUAGUCAAUGUGUUGGACUGCAAGAAGGAUAUGGGCUUGUGGCACGGCGUCUUGACGAGUGUCAUGAACAGAAUUCACACCAUUACCGUGCCAUAUGCUGUCAUGAAAGCCUGUCCCAUGUCCUGGGUGCAGAGGGUCCACAUUCACAAAGCACGUGUGGCCUUGGUGAAGUGCCGUGACCUCCACUGGGCCAUGAUGGCCCACAAGGACCAGAAGGACACCAACUUGUCCUCUAUCCGUAUGCUAAUAGUGGCUGAUGGAGCCAACCCAUGGUCCGUGUCGUCGUGUGACGCCUUCCUGAAUGUGUUCCAGUCUCAUGGUCUGAAGCCUGAGGUCAUUUGUCCUUGUGCCACCUCUCCUGAGGCUCUGACUGUGGCCAUUCGCAGACCUGGAGCACGAGGAGCUCCACUACCAGCCAGGGCCAUCCUGUCCAUGGGCGGUCUCAGUCAUGGGGUGAUCAGGGUGAACACAGAAGACAAGAACUCUGCUCUCACUGUGCAGGAUGUGGGCCACAUCAUGCCUGGAGCGUUGAUGUGCAUCGUGAAACCAGACGGGCCUCCUCAGCUGUGCAAGACCGAUGAGAUUGGAGAGAUUGUGAUCAACUCCCGAGCUGGAGGAACAAUGUACUACGGCCUGCCGGGGGUCACCAAAAACACGUUUGAGGUUAUACCUGUGAACCAAGCUGGAGCUCCCAUUGGAGAAAUUCCUUUCAGUCGGACCGGUUUGCUCGGAUUUGUGGGACCGGGGAGUCUGGUGUUUGUUGUGGGGAAGAUCGAGGGGCUCCUGAUGGUUAGCAGCCGACGCCAUAAUGCUGACGACCUGGUGGCCACCGCACUGGCAGUGGAGCCUGUCAAAACAGUUUACAGAGGGAGGAUUGCUGUGUUCUCGGUGACAGUGUUUUAUGAUGAGAGGAUAGUGAUUGUGGCAGAGCAAAGGCCUGACGCCAGUGAAGAAGACAGCUUCCAGUGGAUGAGUCGAGUACUGCAGGCCAUCGACAGCAUCCACCAGGUCGGCCUGUACUGCCUCGCACUCGUCCCAGCCAACACCCUCCCAAAGACGCCACUCGGAGGAAUCCACAUCUGUGAAACCAAGCAGAACUUUCUGGAGGGAAACCUGCAUCCCUGCAACAUCCUCAUGUGCCCUCACACCUGUGUUACAAACAUGCCCAAGCCCCGGCAGAAGCAGCCAGUGGACGUUGGUCCAGCUUCGAUGCUGGUCGGCAACCUGGUGGCAGGAAAACGGAUUGCCCAGGCAACCGGCAGAGAGCUGGGUGUGGUGGAAGACCAGGAUCUCAUUCGCAAGCACCAGUUCUUGUCCGAAGCUCUGCAGUUUAGAGCCCAAACCGACCCCGACCAUGUUCUGUAUGUGCUGCUCAAUGCAAAGGGGGUAGCAGUGUGCACAGCCACCUGCGCUCAGCUACACAAGAGAGCAGAGAAAAUCACAGCGACCUUAAUGGAGAGAGGAGGCCUCAACACAGGAGACAACGUGGUGCUGCUUUAUCCCCCAGGUAUUGACCUGAUAGCUGCCUUCUAUGGCUGCCUCUAUGCGGGUGUCAUUCCUGUGACAGUGAGGCCGCCACACCCACAGAACCUGGCUGCUACCCUCCCCACUGUCCGCAUGAUCAUCGAUGUGAGCAAAGCAGCCUGCAUCCUCACCACUCAGCCUCUGAUGAGGAUCCUCAGGUCCAGGGAGGCUGCUGCCAGCGUCAACGUCAAAACGUGGCCCACCAUCAUUGACACAGAUGAUCUCCCCAGAAAGCGGCCUCCACACAUCUAUAAACCUCCUACAGCUGAGAUGCUGGCCUACCUGGACUUCAGUGUGUCCACCACAGGCAUGUUGACUGGAGUCAAGAUGUCUCAUGCUGCAGUCAGCACUCUGUGCCGCUCCAUUAAGCUGCAGUGUGAACUCUACUCGUCACGUCAAAUAGCCAUCUGCCUGGACCCUUACUGUGGCCUGGGCUUCGUCCUGUGGUGCCUCUCCAGUGUUUACUCAGGUCACCAGUCCAUCCUUAUUCCUCCCCUGGAGCUGGAGAGUUCGCUGGCUCUGUGGCUGAGCACGCUCAGUCAGUACAAGAUCAGAGACACCUUCUGCUCGUACUCCGUCAUGGAGCUCUGCACCAAAGGCCUGGGAACCCAGACCGAGAUGCUGAAGGCUCGGGGUCUGAAUCUGUCGUGUGUUCGGAGCUGUGUGGUGAUAGCAGAGGAGCGUCCUCGCCUCUCUCUCACACAGUCCUUCUCCAAACUCUUCAAGGACCUCGGUUUGUCGUCACGCGCCGUCAGCACCGCCUUCGGCUCCAGGGUCAACCUGGCCAUCUGCCUGCAAGGCACUGCUGGACCAGAUCCCUCCACCGUCUAUGUUGACAUGAAGUCUCUCCGUCAUGACAGGGUGAGGUUAGUGGAACGAGGAGCGCCCCAGAGUCUUCCUCUCAUGGAGUCGGGCACUAUCCUACCAGGAGUGAGGGUCAUCAUAGUCAACCCAGAAACCAGAGGCCCGCUGGGAGACUCACAUCUUGGGGAGAUCUGGGUGAACAGCCCUCACAGCGCCAGCGGCUACUACACCAUCUAUGGAGAGGAGAGCCUGCAGGCGGAUCAUUUCAACACCAGACUCAGCUUUGGGGAGCCCCACACUCUGUGGGCCAGGACGGGCUACCUGGGCUUCAUCAAGAGAACUGAGCUGCUGGAUGCAAGCGGAGAUCGCCAUGAUGCCUUGUUUGUGGUGGGCUCCCUUGAUGAAACGUUGGAGCUGAGGGGUUUGCGUUAUCACCCCAUCGACAUCGAGACGUCAGUGUCCCGAGCCCACCGCAGCAUCGCAGAGAGUGCUGUGUUUACAUGGACCAACCUGCUGGUGGUGGUGGCGGAGCUGAGCGGCUCGGAGCAGGAAGCCUUGGACCUGGUGCCCCUGGUAACCAACGUGGUCCUGGAGGAGCACCACCUCAUCGUGGGGGUGGUGGUCAUCGUGGACCCCGGGGUGAUCCCCAUCAACUCCAGAGGAGAGAAGCAGAGGAUGCAUCUGCGAGACUCCUUCCUGGCAGACCAACUGGACCCCAUCUACGUGGCCUACAACAUGUGAACGCCCUUCACCGAGCGACGCAGGAAACUGAGCCGGGCUCUGAGAACAGACGUGAGGGAGAAGGACUCGGGGUGUGAACAGUAGCGAGCCCGACGUUGAAGCUCAGACACACGUUCAAAACACCAAACAGUGUGGGAACGCGAGAACAGCCCUGAAACAACGACAACAACAUGCUUCCCUCUCAGAAACUGCUCCUUCUUUGCUUCCACCUGUUCGAUCGCUGCAGUCCAGAGAUCUCUACUGUGGACGAAGAUAUUUCUCUCCUCUUCAUGGUAGACAUAUCUGUCAGCUGGAUGAAAUCUGAUCUUCAUCCUCUCCCACUCCUCCCUCAUCGAUCCAAUUCAUGUUUUUUAAGACAAUUUUCAAUUACAUCCUUUUAUCGGAGAAAGAUAAACCUCCCCUCAUUCCAUUCCUUUGUUUAUAUCCUGAACCAUAAAUCUUUGUGUGCUUGUUGUUUUUUUGUUGUUUUCGUUUUACACCCUCUAUUCUUGAAGGCGGGAUGGCGCACUGGAACUUCCCCCCUUUGCACUUUACGUCCUCUUUCACCCCUGAGUUCACUUUCUGUCUCGUCUGCCUCAAGGGGACACCCCCCAUGUCUGCUGCUUUCACAACAGCAAAUCCACAUCAGUAUUAAGAUUUAAAAAAGGAAAAAGUGCCACCAGCAUGUGCAGCCCACAGCGGCAGUCCUGACAUAUUACCUUCCUACCAGAUGCACCGUGGCUUCUUUCACUUCUCAUCGCAUACUGUAUUUGCCAGCAGACGUGGCAUCGGCAUUCACGUGCUCCACAAAAUGUCCGAAAAAUACACUUGAAUCGCCUGUUGGUGUGGGAAAAGAAAGACGUACAAACUCGGAUAGCAAAUAUGAAACAGAUUCUUCAUUUUCAGCGUGAGUAGGACAGUUAGAUAGUUCGUACGGUCGUGAUAGUGCUAAUAACCUUUUUUUUUUUUUUUUUUUAAAGGCACCAAUUUUUCAGAACAAGGUUUGAAGCUACGCCUGGUGUUUGGGUGUGCAUUCGGGUUGAAAAGGAAAAACUGUAGCAAGCCAAGCAGUCAAUUGGUUGGUUUUUCACUGCCUUUGCUGGAUGUUUAACCCCAGUUUGUGCCUCCCGUGUGUUACUUUUACAGAGUCACAGCGCUUCUAUGCAUCUAUUUCUUGAAUAAAUAAAUACCCAGUGUCAUAUAAAACACUGAAGAUUGUUAAAUAAUAUUAACAACUGGCUAUCUGUAGGUUUACUCUAUUAAUGUGCUGCACAGAAAACUUUUUGAACCCAGUUUGGAGUUGAAAAUCCUCAUACAGUUAGCUGAAAAUGACAUCUGGCACUCCUUUUCUUGAAAACAUACAAUAUUGAAAAGGAGAAUUUAUUUUACACCACUAAUUUCUGAUCAUUUUUACAUUUAGAUUAAAUCUACAAAUUAAGAUAGGAUAUACAGUGGUGCUCAUAGUUUUACAUACUCUGGCAGAAUUAGUAAAAUAUGUUUCAUUCUUUAAUGAAAACAUAAAUGAUCAGAGCAAAAACAAUUGUGUGACAAUAAAUAACUUUGUCUGACCGCUAACCCUGAAUGAAAGAAAAGUUUUUCCAUGAUCAAAUGUAUUUUCUAUAUCAAACAAAGGACAAUAUUUCACAAAUUUUGCCAGAGUAUGUAAACUUAUGAGCACAACUGUACAUAGAGUUUCUGGCUGUCAUUUUGGGAAUCUGGUUAAAAUAAUAAUUGACUAGCAGACAAUAUUUUUAUCCAGUUGGUGAUGAUUCUCUUCAGAAUAGCAGUGUGUGUGUUUAACAACCUUCUACACGUUUCUGUGUUUUUAUCUUAGCUAUGUGACUCAAACGUAAUCCAUGACAGCCACAAACUGGUGUCGGCAGAGCAGGCAGAUUUAAUCCUGACAUAUCUCUGAAACUCUGAAAACAGCAGCUGACAAAGAAAGUUUUCCUAAAGUCCUACAUGUGCUCAGACCUGGUGAUUAAAAUGUUGUUAUACUGUUUAAAGUCCUGCAACAAGUGGACCUUGAAUUUCCAGGCUUUACCUGAGUGUCUGAAGUGAGCUGCUAGCUUUCAGUCCCAGUGUAGUUUUCCCACCUGAAACAGAAGAACAUCUUUCUCUUAAUGCCGCAGUCGAUUAUGUAAACCAUCAGAAGGCAAGUCAGUGCCUUUUACUGUUGUGACAUUUAUGAUUUUGGAGUAUCUAAAAAAUGAGGAGAGAACUUUGCCUUACUAAACCUGUGGAACUUUCUGUAACAAAAAAAACAGUUGCACCAAAUCAGACGCCAGGUUCUAACUAAAAACACGCUCAUAUCACAUGUUUUUAGAGGAAGGGGGGUGUCUUGUUUUUUUUUUCUUUUAAGUUUGUGGUCAUGCCUUCCUGAUUUGAACAUUAGCGCCAUUAUUUAAACCAAUUCUUUCUGAAUGUCUGUAACACUGAAAAAAAUAAAUAAAUUAGGAACAAUCCGUAAGCAACCUGUGAUUUUAAAAAAAAUCUUCCUUAAAAAGAAAAAGUACAAUAAAUGAGGGUAAAGAUGUCUGUAUACUGUAUUUUAGAGGUCAGAUACUGUAUUACUGGUGUUCAUGUGUACAUGGAAAUCAAUUCUGUAGAUAAAAACUUGACUGAUCUUUCAUACUUGACAGCAUUUUUCUGCAUUGUUAAUUUAAUCGUAUCACAUCACAAAAGACACAAAAAGGUUUCCGAUUAUUUGGGCAGGAACAAUGUGCACUUUCCCAAUAUCAUUUUACGUGUGAGAGAGUGUGUGUCGGUGAGUGAGAGUGUGUGUGUGCUCAGUUUAAUGGUGAUACUUGGCUUUUAUGGUGCAACAAGGUUUGUCUUUUGUAAGAAAUUUAUCCCAAAAUAUUGAACCAUUUUUUUUAAAUUUCUUUUUUUUUUUUAAUGUCGCCUCCACUGUAUUUUUACUCUCUCCAUCCAUAAUUGGAAUUUAAUAUAUUUUGUAGGGGUUUCAUCAAUAUUUUUCCUGAUGUAAUCUUUAUUUGGAGCUGCACAACUUCUGCAAAACGGCCGCUUUGACUCCGAAGCGGCUUGACAUCGAUAAACCACUUUUCACUCACGUGUGCGAGCCAGUAAGUUACUCAUGAAUAACGAAGAGAAGCCUCAGAGCUCCUGUGUGACAAUUGCUUUGUCGCUACUGUUUCACUCCAAUGAGUUUUAAUAAAGUUUUAUAAUUUCAUGUUGGCCUUCAAGCCUUUUCAAUAGACACUGGUGCUAUUCAAUAAGGGAAGUUGCCAGAUUUUUUUUCUUUUCUAUCCUCCAAUGUCAUGAACAAAAAGGUUUCUUCCCGGAUGCCCUUUUUGUGUGAAAAUCGGUCGUUCUUUUUCCAUGCCACCAUCUUUAAAGUUUUUGCUCUGUCCAUUCUGAAAAAAAGUCUCUCAACAGGCAACUCGACACGGACAAUGCAACCUGACAUAUCCACCGUUUCCACCUGAGAAUUUGUGUUGAGAGGAACGGCGCGCGUACAUUUCAAACCUCCAGAGUUAUUCUAAGCACAAAAUGUACAUGUGAGGUAAAUGAAAUUUGGAUCUUUUCACACAAAAUCGAAAAUCUCAAGGGCCCACAAUGUAUACCUCAACAAUUGUCUGUUCACUAUGCAUCGUCGAGCUGCAGCAAAGACAUUCUGAACUAGUCAAUGGUGCGAUAACUUCUAACGUCUUACUUGACAAAAAUACUGUCACACUGUCAUUGGAUGUGUUUCAUGUCAAAUAAAAAAAUGCUUUGUCAGA